CACCCCAGUCUGUCAUACAGGGACAUCACCCUACAGCAGUUCAGACUCUGUGGUUCGCAGGAAGCAUACAUUGGCUUUUUGGUUUUUCCGAGUUUUUCCCAGCUCACAGUUGGGGAGGGCCUAACUCCAGCCUUCAGCUGAAGCGAGACCCAAGGACGGUGAGAAGCUGGGUCCUAAUCUGGAGUCCCGCCAGCCUGACAUGGGAAUCUCUCCGACGUGCAAGGCCUUGCAGAUGUCACCAGCAAAGUGGUGAUCCAGGCAGGACCAGGUUGUCCCUACGGAACCGAGAAAUGGAGGCAAACGACCAUUUUAACUUUACUGGCCUUCCUCCUGCACCAGCUGCCUCAGGACUGAAACCCUCUCCUUCCUCAGGGGAGGGCCUCUACACUAACGGGUCUCCCAUGAACUUCCCCCAGCAAGGGAAAAGUUUGAAUGGGGAUGUGAAUGUUAAUGGCUUAUCUACUGUAUCUCACACUACUACUUCAGGGAUUUUGAACUCCGCUCCCCACUCCUCCAGCACCUCACACCUCCAUCACCCUAACGUGGCCUACGACUGUCUUUGGAACUACUCACAGUACCCACCUGCCAAUCCUGGCAACAACCUCAAGGACCCUCCCCUUCUUUCUCAGUUCCCUGGGGGACAGUACCCGCUCAACGGUAUCCUGGGGGGCAGCCGACAGCCUGCGUCCCCAAGUCACAACACUAAUCUUCGAGCCGGGAGCCAAGAGUUCUGGGCCAAUGGUACCCAGAGUCCAAUGGGGCUUAACUUCGAUUCACAGGAGCUGUAUGAUUCCUUUCCUGACCAGAACUUUGAGGUGAUGCCCAAUGGACCCCCAAGUUUUUUCACCUCCCCACAGACUUCCCCAAUGUUGGGAUCUAGUAUCCAGACCUUUGCACCUUCCCAGGACGUGGGCAGUGGGGUCCGUCCCAGUGAGGCAGCAGAAAAGGAGCUGGCUUCAGUUGUGGCGGAGAACAGCACUGGCUUGGUCGGCAGCCUGGAGCUGGAGGAAGAGCAGCCGGAACUAAAGAUGUGUGGCUACAAUGGUUCUGUGUCCUCUGUGGAGUCUUUACACCAAGAAGUCUCCGUCCUGGUCCCUGAUCCCACCGUGAGCUGUUUAGAUGACCCUUCACAUCUUCCUGACCGACUGGAAGACACUCCAAUCCUCAGCGAGGACUCCCUUGAGCCCUUUGACCCUCUGGCACCAGAGCCAGUGAGCGGAGGACUUUAUGGUAUCGAUGACACGGAGCUGAUGGGUGCAGGAGAUAAGCUGCCUCUCGAGGACAGCCCUGGGAUCUCUGCCCUCGACUGCCCUUCUCUCGGGAACGCUGCUGCAUUCAGUCUCCUGGCAGAUGACAGCCAGGCGCCAGCCUCUCUCUUUGUCAGCCCCACCUCUCCACCGGUUCUAGGGGAGUCUGUCUUGCAAGAUAACGGCUUUGACCUGAAUAAUGGCAGUGACUCUGAACAGGAAGAAAUGGAGCCUGAGUCUGCAGACUUCCCGCGGCCCCUAACUGAGCCGGCCCCUGACCAGCUGCCUGCUAUUGAGCUUCAUCCCGCAGCCUCUCCAGCAGCCUCCUCACUUGUCCCUCCUGCAGUCUUCCCAGCAGUCUCUCCAGCUCCCUCCCCUCCCCUCCCCGCAGCCUCUUUGGAAGCGUCUUUGACAGCUCCAGGGACUUCUCCUCAGGCCUGCCCUGCACCUUCUCCAGUAGCCACCUUCCAGACAGUUUCCCAAGCAAAUGAAGAUGUCAGGAGCGUCCCGGAAGCUUCUGCUGAUUUGGAAGAGGCCACUGGAGAAGCUGUCACAAUUUCUGGUAGUAGUGAUGUACUGAAGAGACGCAUUGCUACCCCAGAAGAAGUUCGUCUUCCCCUCCAACAUGGGUGGCGGCGAGAAGUGCGCAUCAAGAAGGGCUGCCAUCGGUGGCAGGGGGAGACAUGGUACUACGGCCCCUGUGGGAAGAGGAUGAAGCAGUUUCCAGAAGUCAUCAAGUACCUGAGCCGAAACGUGGUGCACAGUGUCCGCCGGGAGCACUUCAGCUUCAGCCCCCGAAUGCCUGUCGGAGAUUUCUUCGAAGAAAGAGACACACCAGAGGGCUUGCAAUGGGUCCAGUUAUCGCCGGAGGAGAUCCCUUCCAGAAUUCAAGCAAUUACCGGCAAACGAGGCCGACCUCGAAAUAAUGAAAAGGCCAAGAACAAGGAAGUUCCCAAAGUGAAGCGUGGCCGAGGUCGGCCACCUAAGGUCAAGAUCUCUGAGCUAUUGACUAAAACAGACAACCGACUUCCAAAGAAACUGGAACCCCAAGAAACACCGAGUGAGGAGGAUAAAGCGCAGACGAGUAAAAGCAAAAAGAAGAUGAGGCAGAAGGUACCUCGGGGAGAGAGUCAGACUCCUCCUGUCCAAGGGCAGGCCAGAAACAAGAGGAGACAAGAUGCCAGGAGCUCAAAGCAGAAGGACACUAAGAAGAAAGCCAAGGCCGAGAAAGAAAAGACAAAGACAAAGCAGGAAAAACCAACGGGAAAAGUGAAGAGGGAAAAGAAGGAGAAGGAGAAAGUAAAGGUGAAGGAGGAGGCGGCCAAAGCCAGACCCCCCUGUAAACCAGAGAGGAGCCUUGCCACACAGAGGCGUCUGCAGGAGCGGCAGAGGCAGCAGGCUAUCUUGGAGGAGAUGAAGAAGCCCACGGAGGACAUGUGUCUAGCUGACCACCAGCCCCUGCCUGACUUCACCCGCAUCCCUGGUUUGACAUUGUCCAGUAGGGCCUUCUCAGACUGCUUAACCAUCGUGGAGUUCCUGCAUAGUUUUGGCAAAGUGCUAGGCUUUGACCUUACCAAAGAUGUCCCUAGUCUGGGAGUCCUGCAGGAAGGCCUCCUGUGUCAAGGAGACAGCUUGGGCAGAGUGCAAGACCUGCUGGUGCAGCUCCUGAGGGCUGCACUCCGUGACCCCGGUCUGCCCGCCUACUGCCAGUCCCUGAAGAUCUUGGGGGAGAAGGUGUCUGAGAUCCCACUGACCAGAGACAAUGUGUCUGAGAUACUGCGCUGCUUCCUCAUGGCGUAUCGCGUGGAGCCGGCCUUGUGUGACAGCCUGCGCACCCAGCCCUUCCAGGCCCAGCCCCCCCAGCAGAAGGCUGCUGCUCUAGCCUUCCUCGUGCACGAGCUCAAUGGCUCCACCGUCGUCAUCAAUGAGAUUGACAAGACUCUGGAGAAUAUGUCCAGCUACAGGAAAAACAAAUGGAUCGUUGAAGGCCGACUCCGGAGACUGAAAACUGCUCUGGCCAAGAGAACUGGGCGGCCUGAGCUUAUGAUGGAAGGGCUAGAAGAAGGCCUGGGCCGGAGGCGCAGCUCUCGGAUCAUGGAGGAAACCAGCGGCAUAGAAGAGGAGGAGGAGGAGGAAACUAGAGCAGCUGUCCAUGGCCGCAGGGCUCGAAGAGAUGGGGAGAUUGAUGUUGCAGCAUCCAGCAUUCCAGAGUUAGAGCGCCAGAUAGAAAAACUCAGUAAGCGUCAGCUCUUCUUUAGAAAAAAGCUGCUUCACUCAUCCCAGAUGCUUCGGGCAGUGUCUCUGGGUCAGGACCGCUACAGACGCCACUACUGGGUCUUGCCCUGUUUGGCUGGAAUCUUUGUGGAAGGCUCAGAGGGGAGCUCAGUUAGUGAAGAGGGGAUAAAGCAGGAAGCUGGGUACUUGACGGAAGCGGUCCCUUCAACCCCCUGCUCGGCCCCGGACUCCGGAAAGAGAGAGUUAACUGGCCCCAACACCUCUGCUUCUCCUGCCCGCGCCCGAGGCCGACCUCGAAAAUCUAAGCCUGGGUCUAUGCAGCCUAGGCACCCGAAAUCUGCUCUUCGGGACCAUGAUUCAGAACAACCCCAGCCUCAAGUUCAGCCAGAACCUCAGUCUCAUCUGCAGCUUCAGGCUUCCAUCCAGCCCCAUCUUCAAUCCCAUCCCCCAUCAAAUAAUGGGUUCCUAGAGCCAGAAGGCUGCCCUCUGUCCCUGGGUCAGAGCCAGCAUGACCUCAGCCAGUCGGCCUUCCUGUCCUGGCUGAGCCAGACGCAGAGCCGCACUUCCCUGCUGAGCAGCUCCGUCCUCACCCCUGACAGCAGCCCAGGGAAACUAGACUCUGCCCCAUCCCAGUCUCUGGAGGAGCCAGAUCCUGAUGAGCCAGAACCCUGCCCUGCCCCUCAAGGACCCUGGUUUAGCUUCUCAGCCCAGAUACCCUGUGAUGCUGCCCCUACACCGCCCCCCGCAGUUCCUGAGGACCAGCCCGCUCCCUCCCUCCAGCUGCCUGCCUCCUCUAAGCCAGUGAAUACACCCGGUGCUGCCAAUCCCUGUUCUCCAGGGCAGUUCUCUUCUACCCACUUGCCUGGAGGGGGCUCUAAGAGGCCAUCAGGAGACUCUGAAGAAAUGCCACAGAGUCCCACCGGGCUGGGACAACCCAAGCGGAGGGGGAGACCUCCUAGCAAGUUCUUCAAGCAGGUGGAGCAGCAUUACUUAACCCAGCUGACAGCCCAGCCUAUCCCCCCUGGUGAGCGAGCUUGGCUAGGAUGGGAGAUGUGCUCUGGCUGGUGGUGGAUCCGAGAUCCUGAGACACUGGAUGUCAUACUCAAGGCACUGCAUCCCCGAGGCAUCAGGGAGAAGGCGCUCCACAAACAUCUUAGCAAGCACAAGGACUUCUUGCAGGAAGUUUGCGUACAGCCCUUGACUGACCCUAUCUUUGAGCCUGGUCAGCUGCCUGCCUUGGAAGAAGGACUGAAGAGCUGGUGUCCCAAAGAGAAGACUUACGAGACAGACCUGGCUGUGCUUCAGUGGGUGGAGGAGCUGGAGCAGCGGGUUGUCCUGUCUGAUCUGCAGAUCCGGGGCUGGACAUGCCCAGGCCCAGACUCUACCCGAGAAGACUUGGCCUACUGCGAGCAUCUGCCCGACUCUCCGGAGGAGAUCCCCUGGAGAGGACGGGGCAGAGACGGGGUUGUGCCUCAGCGGCAGAACACCAACCCUCUGGACCUGGCUGUGAUGCGGCUCGCUGCUCUGGAACAGAAUGUGGAGCGGCGAUACUUGCGGGAGCCCCUCUGGGCCGCCCAGGAGGUGGUGGUGGAGAAGGCCCUGCUGAGCACCCCCGACGGUGCCCCUGAUGGCACCACUACUGAGAUAUCAUACGAGAUCACCCCUCGUGUUCGUGUCUGGCGGCAGACACUGGAGAGGUGCCGUAGCGCAGCCCAAGUGUGCCUGUGCAUGGGCCAGCUGGAGCGGUCCAUCGCCUGGGAGAAGUCUGUCAACAAAGUGACCUGCCUGGUCUGCCGGAAGGGCGACAACGACGAGUUUCUCCUGCUCUGUGACGGCUGUGACCGGGGCUGCCACAUCUACUGCCACCGGCCCAAGAUGGAGGCCGUCCCGGAGGGAGACUGGUUCUGCACUGUCUGUCUGGCCCGGCAGGCAGAAGAAGAAUUCUCUCAGAGGCCUGGUUUCCCAAAACGAGGCCAGAAGCGGAAAAGUAGUUUUCCACUGAACUUCCCAGAGGGUGACAGCCGCCGACGUCGGGUUCUGUCAAGGAGCCGAGAAAGCCCAGCAGUGUCUCGGUGCCCAGAAGACGGGCUUUCUCCCUCCAAGAGACGGCGACUCUCAAUGAGAAGCCACCACAGUGACCUCACAUUUUGCGAGAUCAUCCUGAUGGAGAUGGAGUCCCAUGAUGCAGCCUGGCCUUUCCUGGAGCCUGUGAACCCUCGCUUGGUGAGCGGGUACCGGCGAGUCAUCAAGAACCCUAUGGACUUUUCCACCAUGCGAGAACGGCUGCUCCGGGGAGGGUAUACUAGCUCAGAAGAGUUUGCAGCUGAUGCCCUUCUGGUUUUUGACAACUGCCAGACCUUCAAUGAGGAUGACUCUGAAGUGGGCAAGGCUGGGCACAUCAUGCGCCGCUUCUUCGAGAGCCGCUGGGAGGAAUUUUAUCAGGGAAAACAGGCCAAUCUGUGAGGCGAGGAAGGUGGAGACCACUGGUGUCUUCUCCAGCCUUCCUGACGAGAACCUGCCACUCUGACCUGCUGACGGCUGCCCUGGGCGGACGCAUCAGACAGUGCUGAUGCCUGCCUCUGCCCUCGGCAGCACCACAUCCUCCUGUCCCAAUCUCUUUCCUCCCUUCCUCCUCUUGCUCCUCCAAGAAGAGAUGCAGAGAUGAGGUCCUUCUGGACGGAAAGCCAAAAAAGAAAAGAAUUUUUCCUGUUUUUUUUUUUACUAAUUAAAAUGGAGAGGGGUGAAGAAGUCCCUUCCUCUUCCUGGCUUCCUCCCCUCCCUGUACACGCCCCAGCCUCCUGGGGCUAUUUAACAAUAGCAAUAGUUCUAGUGAAUGUGUAAAACCGAGAAACACUCUGUACUGUGUGUGGACCCGCAGUGACGGCCAGUAAAGUGGACUUAACUCCCAAGUGUGUCAGCCGGACACCGGGCCCUGAACAUGCUGCUUCCAUGUUCAGUCCCUUCCCUGCGCCCUGCUUUCUCUCACCCUUUCUGUUCUCCCCUUUCUCCUCCCUAGUUGGACGAUUUUUUGUCCCACCCAAUAAUGUAAAGCUAUCGUGUACGGGUUCUUCUCCCCCUUGUGUGGAAAACAGUCCAGAGCCCCCUGUCGCUGCCCUCCUCUUCCUGCCAAUAGUUACCCUCUGGAAUGUCCUCCUCCUCACGUGCUGAGUUUCUACCUUUCCUGAAACUCUGUGACUGGGGGGUGAGCAGGCGGGCAGGCGGGCGGGCGCCCUGGGCCUUCCAGCCUUCUUCCCCGCUUCCCAAACCUCCCUCUUGGGAACUCCUCAGGGACAACUACUGCUGAGUCUGAGUGCUGCUCCGAGAUGGAGGCCCUCAGAGAGAGGGGGAGAGGUUGUGUGUGUGUGUGUGUGUGUGUGUGUGUGUGUGUGUGUGUGUGCACGAGCACACAAAUGAGAGCUGUGAUCGUGACUGUUCUGUGUAAUGGGAUCCAUCCGUGUUUCCGCAUGUUUUUCUUCUCACCUUUCCCAUUGUUUCAUGCCAUCACUUUCUGUCUUUGGGAAAACACAGGAACUAUUUCUCUAGGGACAGUGCUGUCUCUCCUCAUGGUUAUUUCUGUUCCAGCCUCUUCAAACUGUGCAAUCUUUUCAGCAGGAGCUCCCUCUCCUCUCAGUAGCUUUGAGAGUUUGCUGGGAGAGGGUAGAACUGGGUCUUUCCUAACCAUGAGUGUCCGGGUUUAGUGUCUUUCCUCCCUUGCAUCUAAUCUACUUCAUUGCCCAGCAUCGAGCAAACUCCUGGAGCACAGGAUGGGUAGAGAGGAGAGGUUCUGGGUCUACCACUGCCCUGUGUGUGACUAAGCCCAGGUUAAGCCCCCGACACAUGAGAGGAAAGCUGCUAACUCCAAGCUCUAGCCAUGGGCCCCUGGCCCCUGCUUUCCUGCCCAGCAGAGCCCCUCCCAACAGAAAUUACGGGUACUUGCACUGGGGAGGUGGCUGCGAGCUGUAGGGCCUAAGCAGAGAGCUGAGGCGUCCAAGCAAUGUCCAUUGGUGGGGGCAGAGGGUGCCAGGUGAGGAGGAGGAGGAGGAGGAGGAGCGGUCCUUGGACUGAGCAGUCCGGAGGGGUGGGGCAGUGCGGCUCCCGGGCAGCCCCCCUCCUUUCCAGCCCCCCUCACUCCACUCCCUAUUGCCUAUUUCUAAAGUCGCCUUUUCUGUCGAUAAACCUCAAAACUUAAUUUUAUUUGAGAAUUUUUUUUUUUGCUUUUAAAUAAGAGGUGGAUUGAAGAAUAUUUGAAUUGACUUUAUAUUAUGCAUAAAUAUUUAUAUUUUAUCUAAAUAACUGCGCCGUAACAAACUUUGUGUUAGAUGUUUGGAACUGUUAUGACUGGGGACAACUCUCCCCGUGGAAAGUUCCCCUCAGCAUAAGAUGUACUGGAGUCAUUCGCGGUUGGAGUGGGAGAGAGCGAGGCCGUCCGUCUGCUUUGUGCUCCUCUCCAGCUCCAGCUCUGUCCUAGGGACCAGGCACUCUUCCGGGGAGGGGGGCGGAGGUCCUAGACUUGAAGAAGUGGGGGUGGAGGGGCCCUGGGGUAGGGCAUGAUCCAAGGGGCCAUUUCUCGCUUUUCUUUCUCAUCUUUACUGCCCCUCCAGCUAGGUGGAUCUCCUCUUAUUGGCAGAGUAUUUGGUAGAGAAAGCAGGUUAAAAAUAGAGACACCCACCCCUGCCCUCUGUGUCCCUCCCCAUCUGGUAACAGCAAGAAACCAACACCAACAAGUUUCCAUGUUCCUUUACAACAAAAGGGACUGACUUUUUAUAUAACCAAAUGUGGUGUUUUAGUGACUUUUUGAUAAUGUACAGUUUUUUGUGAAUUUAAAUUUAUUUCUUUCUAUAUUUUUAGGACCAAUCUCAUUUUUAAUAAGGUUUAAAAAAAGGAAAAAAAAGUCUAGAGAAAAAAAAACACCUCGUUUUUGCCAUGUGAUGUUCCACAGGUGCGGCUGUAGAAAGUGCUUGUCAUUGAAUAAAACCACAUUUGAUAGAGACUCA